GCAUAGGAUAUUGUCCGAUGCGAAUAGACUGAAGUUUCCUUCUAACCUACGUUGUUCGGAAAUCUAAUUUCAUCGAAGCAAAAUUGACAAAAUUUCUGAAUUCGAAAUGAAAAUUCCGAUUCGACACAGUUUCAUCUUACUAAUACUGUUGAUGGAAGCUUGUUUAUUGAUUAAAGGAGAGGAAUGCUGGAUUCCUAUAGUUUGCGACGAUCAACCUACUUGGAGAGAACUUACGAAGGGACAAUGCACAAAAGAAGAAGAAAAAGCUUUGGAAGCUUUAACGAAACAAUUAGACGGAAUAAAAAGUGAGCUAUAUCAAUUAAGAAAGGUGAUGGAAAAAUCAGAGACGAAUUCUGUUGUAGGUGUCAAAGAAACGACCACUUUCCAGGGAUACAAAGACAAGACAACUUCUUCAGCUCGUACUUCUACCGUCCCUGCUACAUUCCCGUGGUCAACUAAGAAAGCAUUUCUCUCUACUGUGCUCCAACAAACUACAAAAGUCGAACAGAGUACAGACAAGAAAACUUCUUCGGCUCGUAUCCCAACCGUCCCUGCUACAUCCCCGUGGUCAACUAAGGAUGAACUCUUUCUCUCUACUGUGCGCCCACAAACUACAGAAGUCGAACAGAUUACAGAAAAUGAGGCGACCACACAAGAUAUAAUUUCAGUAAAUGCGACCACUCAAGGACUGUCAACUGAAGAAUGUGGCGUUAUCUAUGAUAGGAAAUGUUUCCGAACGAUCGUUUAUGGCGCGCGGAAAGUCACAUUCAGCAUUGCUGAAUCUCUUUGCAAAAACAAACUGGCUAACAUUUAUGACGUCACACACUACAACAUGGUUCUAAAUUAUUUACGAUCAAUGAUGCCUGAUGAAUUGUCAUGGAUGCGGAUUCGUACGGGAAUGACUUACAAGGACGGUCAGCUGUAUUCGACAACUGGCCAAGUUGUAUCUUUGCCAACUGGGGUUUGGUAUCCCAAUACUCCGUAUUCCGAUGCAUCUAGAACAACCGUUUCUGUUCGCAUCAAUCAAAAACCGGAAAACAUAUUUCAAGGGAUGUUUAAUUAUCCUCAUUCCUCUGCAUUUACCGGAGCCAUCUGUGAAAAUGAGAUAUAA